AUGCUGCGGACAGGCCCCCGGCUGCUGCGGACCAUCUGCACGACGGGCGCGGCUUAUCAACAUAAACUAAAGCUAGCCCUUAUAGGUCAAAGUAUUUUCGGGCAAGAAGUUUAUAAUAACCUGAGAAAAGAGGGCCAUAAAGUCGUGGGAGUAUUCACAGUGCCUGACAAGAAUGGACAAGCUGAUCCUUUGGCACUGGCAGCGGAGAAGGACGGCACUCCUGUUUUUAAGUUCCCCAGAUGGAGAGCUAAAGGCAAGCCUAUCCAGGAAGUAGUUGCAGCCUACAAAUCAGUUGGAGCAGAGUUAAAUGUCCUUCCCUUCUGUACACAGUUCAUCCCCAUGGAUGUUAUUGACUGCCCAAAACAUGGCUCAAUUAUUUACCAUCCAUCCAUCCUACCACGCCACCGAGGAGCUUCUGCAAUCAACUGGACUUUAAUUCAAGGAGAUAAGAAAGCAGGAUUUACUAUUUUUUGGGCUGAUGAUGGCUUGGACACAGGACCAAUACUUCUGCAGCGAGAAUGUGAUGUUGGCCAAAACGAUACUGUGGAUGACCUGUAUAACAGGUUUCUCUUCCCAGAAGGAAUAAAGGCUAUGGUGGAAGCUGUACAUCUAAUUGCUGAUGGUAAGGCCCCUCGUAUACCUCAGCCUACAGAAGGGGCAACAUAUGAAGGGAUCCAGAAAAAGGAAAAUGCAGAGAUCUCCUGGGACCAACCUGCAGCAGCUCUGCACAAUUGGAUUCGAGGGCAUGAUAAAGUUCCUGGAGCAUGGACAAGAAUAGAUGGCCAGGUGGUUACUUUUUACGGGUCAUCAUUACUUGAUGCUUCGGUGCCUGCUGGACAAGAGCUGGUAAUAAAAGGUGCUUCAAGACCUGGAGUUGUAACCAAGAAUGGUCUGGUCGUUUUUGGUAAUGAUGGGAAGAUGGUACUAGUGAGAAAUAUGCAGUUUGAGGAUGGAAAAAUGAUCCCUGCAUCUAAAUACUUCUCUGCUGAUGAAACAACUGCCCUGGAACUUACAGAAGAGGAGAAAAAGAUGGCAGAAGAUAUUAGGGCUAUUUGGAAGGGAAUUUUGAGCAAUGUUGCUGUAAUUGAAGAUUCCACAGACUUCUUCAAAUCUGGAGCAUCCUCUAUGCAUGUUGUCAGAAUGCUGGAAGAAAUCAAACAGAAAUAUAGUGGUCUUCAACUACAGAAUGAAGAUGUGUAUAUGGCCACUAAGUUUGCUGACUUUAUUCAAAUGGCUGUCAGAAAAUUCAGAGGAGAAGACAAAGAGGAAGAGUUAGUCAUUGAUUAUGUUUCAAAAAAUGUGAACAACAUGACUGUGAAUAUGCCGUACCAGUGUUUCAUAAACGGGCAAUUUAUAAAUGCUGAUGAUGGAAAAACAUAUGACACUAUAAAUCCAGCAGAUGGAUCAAUAAUCGCCAGUGUAUCUUCUGCUUCGUUGGCUGAUGUUGACAAGGCAGUGGCAGCAGCAAAGGAGGCAUUUGAAAAUGGUGAAUGGGGCAGAAUGAACGCAAGGGAAAGAGGACGACUCAUGUACAGACUUGCAGAUCUGAUGGAAGAACAUCAAGAAGAGUUAGCAACAAUAGAGUCUAUAGACUCAGGAGCUGUCUACACUUUAGCUUUGAAGACCCAUAUUGGAAUGUCUGUGCAAACAUUUAGAUACUUCGCUGGAUGGUGUGACAAAAUCCAG